UACAACCGCUCACGGGGUGCCCUCUGGUCGCGAGUGAGAAGAAGAAGCAAACGUAACCGCAGACAAGCGCUAUUUGUUGAUAUCGGUAACAUCUGGACAUGUUGGCAUCGCCGGGGAUUUUCGAAUUACGUGGCCGUUUCGUGCUUCUGUGUUUCUAAUCCGUCAAUUGGAACCUCGAGAAUGUCGGGUAACAGAGGAGGUGACGAGAACAGAGGUGGUGUACCAGCACGUUGGCUUCAUUGUCCCCGCAAGGCGAUGAAGUUGAUACAAAACAAAUUCCUGGCCUUCAAGACACCCCUCUCGGCGGCCUAUGACAGCCAGGUGCCGGAGGAGUGUCGGUUCACCGUCGACAUGCUCUUCACUUACUUGAAGAGCUACAAGCUGAAAUUAGGUCUGUGGAUAGAUCUGACGAACACGUCGAGAUUCUACGAUCGGAAGUGCAUAGAGAAUUACGGCUGUAAGUACCUGAAGCUGCAGUGCAGAGGUCACGGCGAGACGCCGUCGGAGGACCAAACCCGCACCUUCGUACAGGUGUGCAAGAACUUCAUCGCCCACAAUCCCCUGGAGAUCAUCGGCGUGCACUGCACGCACGGCUUCAACAGGACCGGCUUUCUCAUAAUCAGUUACAUGGUGGAGGUGGACGGUACCAGCGUCGACGCCGCCCUGGCGGAGUUCGCGAUCGCCAGACCACCUGGUAUAUAUAAAGGUGACUACAUACAGGAGCUGUACAGAAAGUUCGACGAAAUGGAGGACGCACCUCCGCCACCCGCCAGACCCACGUGGUGCCUGGAAUACGACGACUCCAACGUCGAGGACACGGACAACGGCACAGGCACGGUAGUCGAAAAUUCAGACGAAGCGCCCAGCAAGAGGAAGGGGAAGCGGGAAUUCAACAACAAGAAUCCGGUAUUCAUGGCCGGUGUGCCGGGUGUUACGCCUAUUGUCGACAAAAUGAUAUAUUCGGGGGUUCAAAAGCGCGUCCAGGAGAUCUGCGGAUGGAAAUCAGGCGGAUUUCCCGGCUGUCAACCGGUGACCAUGGACCUUGACAAUAUCAUGUUUCUGCACAAUAAACCGUAUCGAGUAUCAUGGAAGGCGGACGGUACCAGGUACAUGAUGUUGAUACAAGGGGACAGAGAGGUAUACUUCGUAGACAGAGACAACAGUGUCUUUCAAGUAACAGGAUUGACAUUUCCGCACGUGCGAGAUAUAACUAGAUGCCUGAGAGACACUCUACUGGAUGGCGAAAUGGUGAUCGACAAGGACGGCAACAAGAAUAUCCCCAGAUACUUAGUGUACGACGUCGUCAUGUAUGACGGCCAGGACGUGAGCAAAUUGCCGUUCCACCCCGACCGUUACGGCACCAUAGAGAAGCAAAUCAUCGCGGGCAGGUUGAGGGCCAUGAAAGAGGGAAGGCUGUUGAAGGAGCGGGAACCGUUCUCCGUGCGUCUCAAGUAUUUCUGGGACGUGACGCAGAGCAAGAAUCUGUUGGGCGAGAAAUUCGCCAGUCAGCUGUCGCACGAGCCGGACGGGCUGAUAUUCCAGCCGGCCAAAGAGAAGUAUUGCACCGGACCGGCGCCGGAGCUUUUGAAGUGGAAGCCGGUGUCGCUGAACUCGGUGGACUUCCGACUGAAGAUCGUCACGGAGACGGGCGAGGGCAUCUUACCACGUAAGGUCGGCCAUCUUUACGUCGGGGGUCAGAAGAUGCCGUACGGCAUGAUCAAGAUGUCGAAGCAGAUCAAGGAUCUGGACAAUGCGAUCGUCGAGUGCAAGCUCGAGAACGGCCAGUGGGUCUUUAUGCGUCAGAGGGUCGACAAGUCGUUUCCUAAUUCGCACAACACCGCCGAAUCCGUGUGCAAGAGUAUCUUCAAGCCCGUCACGAAAGAGGUGCUCUUGGACUUUAUCGAGAAACGUAGAUUCGCGCGCGAGGACGUGUGCGUGAGACCCGACUCGGAGCUUAUGCGGCCACCGGCUAAGAGACCCAGAUAUCGUAGCGUGAUGCUGUGGUGCGUGAAAGAUCUCGCGUCGAAAGAUCGCAGAUCCCUGCGCGUCAACAUAGAGUACGAUCACGCGACUUUGAUACGCUGGUCGCCGGAUGGAAAAGCGUUUAUCAUUCACAAAGCUAUGGCGAACGCCAUCGAGGUGUACAAAGUCGCGAAGAAGUCCGAUGGUUUCCUGGCGUCUGCGACUAAGGCACUGGAGUUCCCUAAGCGACACACCGAGGACGUCGUCGGGAUGGAUAUCGCGUGCACCGGGAAGUACAUCAUCACAUGCAGUAAGGUGAACGAUCUUAUUGUAUGGGACCUGAAAGGUCAGCCGCUGGCGACUGUGGAGCUGCAUCUAGGAUCGACUCAUCGCGCUCGCAUAUCGCCCUGCGGCCGAUUCAUCGUCGCUUCUGGCUUCACGCCGGACGUGAACGUGUUUGAAGUGGUGUUCAAGCAAGGCGAGUUCAAACAGGUGGCGAAAGCCUUCGACCUCGCCGGGCACACGUCUGGAGUUCACGACUUCGGCUUCAGCGCCGACACCAGUCAGAUGGCCACCGUGUCCAAGGACGGGACGUAUCGUUUCUACGACACGAAAAUCGAGUUCGAAAAAGGAGAGGACCCGCACCUUUUAACGACCGGCACUUGGGACACCACGACUCCGACGAGUCUUGUUUUGUCACCGAACGGGGAGGUCCUGGUGAUCGCGCACGGAUCCUCCAUUUCGUUCUACUCGACCAUUACUGGCGUCUUGGAUAACACCAUAGAGGACCUCUUCAUCGGACCCAUAACAUGUUUGGCCUUCGAAGCUGCGGGCGAGUAUUUGUUGGUUUCGGGCGACAAACACAUCAAGAUUUUCCGCAAUGUCACCGGGUACCGAACCGCGAUAGAGUCUGCCAAACGUAAACUGGAGCUGAGACAGACGCAGGCGACGAGGGAACGCCUUCAGAAAAUCAUUCACGAUAACACGGAGUUCCUCACAAAAAUGGGAGAAAAACGUCCAUGACAUGAAUUCACACCCUUCUUUUUCAUCGCUCCGUGGUGCGUCAAGAUUGGUUAAAAAUACUAUGACAUUCUUUCUUCUCCCGACAAUGCUUUCUCCCUAUAUAUCGUGUAAAUAUUAUUAAUAUACAAACUUGAAUAUUUUCUUCAAAUAAAUAUAAUUUUCAUAUGCUCAAUA